CUGUCAAUUUGGCCGAGUGUACAAACUACUAUUUUAACUGAAAUGCUACUCAAUAAAUUGAAUAAUGUAACUUCCAAAAGAUACUUAUCGUAAUGGCACCCUUUUACAUGAGUUCAGAAUUUCUAUUGUCUUUUAAUUGACUGUGGUGAUUUUGCUGUACCAGCAUGUUUGCCAAGUUAAAGGAGAAGAUCCAGAAGGAAGGUGGAGGUGUUGCACAAGAUGGACCCGGACUUUCUACAAUACCUGGACAUGCAAGCCCCAGAAAGCCUAGUCUGACAGCACAGAGCCCUGGUAUAAAAGAUGAGAGUUUGUUCAGCUCAAAAGAUGACUUGACAAAGAUUGAAGAGAGUUCGAGGGAAGAGUUGGUUUCAGCAUUGCAGAAAAGAAAUGAACAGAGCAAGAAGUUAGAGGCAAGACUAAAUGAGUAUUCAUCCGGCAUGAAGGACAGCAACAAGAAGAUAGAGAAACUUGAAGCUUACAUUGAAAAACAGCAAGAAAUGCUUGCCAAGAGGACACAGGAGCUGAAUGAGCAGCACCAGGCCAGCAGGGUUCUCAUGUUGGACAAACACAAGCUAGAACUGGAACAAAAACACAAGGAGGUGGAGCAACUGCAGGCAAGACUGCAGGAGGCGGAGGGAGUGAAAGAACGCUGCUUCAAGGAGGAGGAGGAGCUUCAGGAGUACACAACACAGGAGAUGGCCAAACUCAAGCACAUGGUAAUAUUGAAAGAAGAAGAGGUAACAAAAUGUCAGAAGGAAUUGUCAGAGAAAUUCAGUUUGUUAGAGACUGAGAGAGAGAGAACUAAACAGCUUGAAGCAACUCAGGAGAGGCUUAAAGCAUUGGAAGCAGUCAAGUCUAACUUUGAGUCUGAGUGCUCGAGCCAUGGGAAGAUUGUCAGCGGGCUGACUCGGGAGAGGAUGGAGCUGGAAGAGAAGCUUGCCAACCUCAAAACUACAUUUACUGAGAAAUCUUCACAAAUAUCAAGCUUAGAAUCAAAGUAUACAGACCUUGAAAGUGAGCAUCAAACCCUGAUAAGAAAUUCUGAAUUACAGAAAAACAAGUUGAACCAGCAGCUGACUGAGAAAAGGGACCUGGUUGAGCAGCUUGAAGAGCAGGUUAAACUACUACAGCAGCGGGAACAUGACCAAACACUCUCCGGGGAUGAUAAAACACUCGCUGUUCAAAAACAGAGAGAUGUUUUGGAAAAGAAACUAUCAGAAACCAGAGAGCAGUUGACACAAAUCAAGUCUUCAUGGAGUGACAAGAUCUCAAUGUUGGAAGAUCAGAUCUCACACCUGAACAUGAAGAUAGCUGAGGAUGCAGAGGAGCUGACAGAGGCUCAGAACCACACACAGGCUGUCAGAGGGAAACUCACGCAGGAGAUUGAGAGUUUAAAGGAGAAGGUGAGAGCAGCUGAAAAGAAGGCAGAAGCCAACUUGGAUUUAGUCAGUGAGAGGGAAGCCCAGUUUAAAAAGGAGCGUCUAGACCUGGAGACGCAGGUGUCGAAGGUUAAGCUUCAGAAGGUAGACCUGGACACGCACCUGCGAGCCAAACUAGCCUCUGUCGAGUCCCAGCUGAUGUCACUAGAGAUGGAGAAAUCACAGGAAUCAACCAGCCUCCAUGAGCAACUGGCAAAAGUCCAAAAACAGCUGAAAGAAACAGAAAAAAGGUUGGAAAACAUGAAGCAGGAGAAGGAAACAGUUGAGAAAGAGAAGGCAACAUUGCAGGCCAGUGUGUCAGAGCUAGAACGUCGCUGUGAUGCCCUGCAGGAUGACCUUCUGUCCAAGGAGAAGCACAGUGCAGAGCUGGCCUCACACCGACAAUUGCUGCUGGAUGAACUCAAGAUUACACAGGAGAAACUGGAGAAGGCACAUGAAUCCUCCAAAUCUAAAAGCUCUGAACUGGCUGAGAGCAAUAAAGACAAGGAUGAGUACAUGAUGCGUAAUGCCGAGCUGUCCCAGCAGCUACGUACACUACAACAGACGUCUGGGGAUGAGCGGCGAGCUCUAGAAGAGGAGAAGGCCGGACUGGAGAAGGAAUUGGUGCAGAAAUCUGAGCUGUGUACACAGCUGGAGGCGAAGGUGUCCUGUCUGCAGGCAGAGCACAACGAUCUCAACUCCGCGGAGGUGGAAGAGCUGGCUCAAACUGUCACCACACUUGAGGAGCAGCUUGCAGAGAAAAACAAGACAUUAAAGAAACAGGAGCAGAAAAUAAAUGAUUUAAAAAAAACAUUACAACGUGAACUCAAAGUGCAAUCUCUUCCAAAUGAUGAGCCAAUAGAUCCAAAUGUGGCCGCUCUCACGCCUCCACUCGGAAGGAAAAACUCAUUUAAACAUGAACAUUCCACACGGACUAGAAAACACAGCCAACACGACCGCAGUCCAAUACCUGGGGAAGGUUUAACCGAAUCGACCAACAGUCCAAAUGUUUCUUUUGGGCAACAGGAUUUCUUUUUGGGCCAGUCUUUCACUCCAGGGAAGCCUGGCUCACACGGACACAGUUAUGGUGCUAAUAGUAAUAGUUCAUAUCAUGCAACAAUAUCAGUGAAUGAGGCUCAGAACUCCUCCAAUAUACAAAGUGCCUACAGUGUUCAUAAGGGUAAUGUACCAACACCAAGACGAGAGUUUGACAUGAGGCAUUUAGAGAAGGACAUUAACUUCCAGUAUCUCAAACAUGUUGUGAUGAAAUUUAUGCUGAGCAGAGAACAUGAGGCCAUCCAGCUGAUCAAGGCAGUCUCGUUACUCCUGCGAUUUUCGCCAGAGGAACAGAAGUUAAUUCGGGAUACGCUUGAGUGGAAAAUGUCAUGGUUUGGUGGUUCUCAGCCACCUGCAGUGAUUCGAGGACAGACCAGCAAAAUUGUUCCACCCUCAUAUUGAUUUUAAAAUCUUCAUUUAUCUUACUGUGAAAUCAUAAAUAUUCGUGGAUUUCGUGGCUUAUCCAAGAAUUCAAGAUAAAAAAUUUGAGACCUUUUAUUCUGAAAUCAUACUGUCCAUAUAAAAAGGUGUACAUGUAUAAACAUGAAUAUACAUGGUCAUGGUAUACAACUUGUAAGUACCUAAAUCAUUAUAUUUAACACUAUCAUAAUGUUGUAUAUUAUGUAUCAAUUAACCUCCGUGAUAAUAAAUUAAAUUCAGUUAUUAGUAUACCUUCUUUCAGUUUUUUAGUAGGACAUUGCCGAAACAUGUACAUGUGAUUGGACUAAAUGUUUCUCUUUUCCGCUAAUAGUAUCUUCUAUGAUUGUUUAUUUAAAACAACUCUACUGUGUUUUCACAAUUUGCAAAAACACCUAAUAGACAUUCAAUGCUUUACAAAUUUAUAUCCUUGAUGUAGGUUCGUCUUUAUUUUUGACCUUUCAUUACUGAUCAAGCGAUAACUGGCAUAUUUUCCCAUGGUAGUAAGUAUCAUAAAAUUGGUGACGUAGUUGAUACAUAGCACGAAAACAGUGCAUGGUGGUUUGCAGACAAUUUAAGAUUACAGUUUUUAUUAUUUGUUGAUUUUUUCUCCAAAAAAAUGAAAAGCCGUGAAUUAUAGAACCCACAAAAUUAUCCUUUUCGGAAAAACCACGAAAUUUCAACCCCAUGCAUAUAAAUGAUUUCACAGUAUGCUACAAACAAAAUUUAUACAUUUUAUGUACUAUUCCAAGUCAUUUUCACACCGUAACACCAAUAGUGUUCCUUUGUCAAGAUUAUUGACAUACACUGUGUAUCAACAAUAUACAAUGCACCUACAUUUUGUAUCAUCAAUUGUUUUUGCAAUACAAUAUUUCUGAGGAUUUAUAAUACCUAUUUUGGAACUGAAAUUUUUUAUUGGCCAAUUAGGUUAAAGUUUAUUUGAUUUGCAAGUAAAACUUUCAAUUAAAUGUGUGACACUCGCUGCAUAUUAAAUUGAAGCUUUUGAUAUUCUGUGGUCCUCCUAGUGAUAGGGUGGGCCCCUGUAUCCUGUAUUUUACCCAUCUGCAUUCUUUGAACAAUGAUGGCAUCAUGAGGCCUACCAAAUACUAUGUUUUGUUUGACAUAUUCAUGAAUGGCCAUUGUUAAUGGUGUAACCAAUAAUAUCCAUGUGUCUUAAAAUAUUUUUCAUUUCUUUAAUGGAGAGAUUUCUCAAAACCAAAGGGAUUUAUAAGAAAUGGUUGAACAUGGAUGUAUCCAGAUUGAUAUUUUUCUAUUUUUCAAUCAAGGGUAUUUUGUAUAUAAUUAGGUUUAGAGGAAAACAUUCCAUAUUAAUUUCCUAUGGGAUAGUAUCUAACCUUGAUGGCAUCAGUAUAUAUUUUCCUGAUAAGUGUCCAUUAUUCUUAAAAACAAAAGAAAAUCUCCCUCUUUUAAACUAUUUAUUAAUAUAAUAAAUAAUCUAGUGAACUGGAGGUGCCAAUAUUGUUUGAGUACAAGGUCAAAGUGCUAUUUGAAGCCUACACAUACAAUUCAUUAAAAUUGUAAUACACUUAAUAAUGGACAGGAACUUUAUAAUGUGAUCAUAUUGACUUGUAGUUCUCGUUAAAUCAUGUGGGUUUUUUUCUCAUUAAUAAUUUGAUUAUUCAGUUGUUUUUAGAUCUUUCUAUUCAGUAUAAUUUGGACUUUAUAUGUACUCAUAUAUUUUGACGAAAGAGUGCCAACACUGCUUUUAGUCAGAUAAGAAAAUAAGAUGAAAUCUCCAGUGAUAUUUUUAAAGAAAUAUUAAAGACCUAUAUUUCAUAGAAAAAUUACAGAUAUUAUUAUUCAGGCAUAGUGGGAUGCUGCAAUUAGCAUAAUUGUGAUACUUUCAAUUUAAUGCAUCAUUAUACCAGUAAUUAUGCUAACAGCAAAAUAAUGUUUAAAUGGCAGAUUUUAUUAAAAACUUGCUAAUUCUUUGUUUUAUUAGGUUUGUUAUUGCUUGUUAAAGGCCUGUUGGCUUCCUAGAUUGCUUUUGUAAAAUACCUGUGAACACUUUGCUUGGUUUUGCAUUUUAUGAUCAUUUUCGUUUAUUUUUCGGUUGUGUUGAUUUAAUAUUCUGAUGUUAUUUAUUGAAAGAUAAAUGUAAGGAUCGAUAAUUAUACACAUAACAUAGUGUAUGUAUAUGUAUUGCUUGUUAUGGAAAUAACAGAAAAAAUGCAGGAAAAAAUGUGUUUGUUCCGCCCUACCAUACCAACAAACACAAUUGUAUAUGCUCAUCCUGGGAUUCAUUUUCAAAUCUGCUUAAAUAAUUACAUGCGAUUUGCAUACUAACUAUUACAUGUAUUUCAUAAAAAAAGG